AUGCCUCAACACCCGCAGCACGGAAGCCAAGUAGCCCGCGAGCGACUCAACAUCAUCUGGGAAAAACUCGUCUGCGGCGUAGCCACCGAACGCUCCCGCACAGACGGCCACGUCGAAUUUAUCAAUGACUUCCAAAUCGAUCAUCACCCAGGAUUUGACUUUGAGGCUCUGAAUAAAUCGGGUUACUCUAUUGAGACGCGUAGUAGAGCGCUGAUAUGGUUUAAGCCUUUGCCUGAGGAUAUGUUGGAGAGAUAUCCUUGUAAAGGUCUCACGAAGGAGUUUGACGAUUAUGAUUCUACCCAGAAUGAUGGGAAGCUGAGAAAUGAAGAUCGCACGAGGGCUGUUCAUGAUUAUGUAGAGGAAUGCAGCAGGCUGAGAAUGGGACGGAGCUUGUCAACACUCGGAGCUGAGAGAUCGUUAAUGGAUUAUCUGAAGAUUCAUAUUGUAGAAUCUCCUAGUCCAUACCUCGUCGGACCAGGUCUAGAUGGCAGUUACCCCCAACUCGUCGACUACUGGCGCGUAGGCAACAUCUACGAAACCAUGACAGACACAAACACCGUACAAUCCUACCCUCUCUUAACUCUCCAAGCCUGGCACACCCUCAACGGCAAAGAAGACAUGAUCCUCCUCGGCGAACUAUAUACCCUCAUCUGCGCCAUGCGCAACCGCGUUAAUCAACGCAGAGCCGAUGAUCCCGAUGAACGAAAAGCUCUAUGGGAUUUCCCCGCAGAUGUCGAAUAUUGCGGCUUUCAGUUUGAGUCUGAGAUACAUUUCCCCGUGGUCUUCUUGUCGUAUGUUGGCCCGCAGCAUGGGAGGAUAUUUUAUGCUUAUAUGGAUAGAUACCGGCUAGUGAUUUGUCAGUCGAAGUUGUACAGUUUUGAGAAGAAGGAGAGUGCUCCCGUUGAUUUUUUUACAAGGAUGCUUCUGAGUCGUCCGUUGCAGUAUUGA